AUGAGGAAAGUGAUAUAUGAGAGUAUCAGCGAGCUUACAAGUACGAGGAAAGUGAUCUAUGAAAAUAUCAGCGAACUUACAAGUACGAGGAAAGUGAUCUAUGAGAGUAUCAGCGAGCUUACAAGUACAAUGAAAGUGAUCUAUGAGAGUAUCAGUGAACUUUUAAGUACGAUGAAAGUGAUCUAUGAGAGUAUCAGCGAACUUACAAGUACGAUGAAAGUGAUCUAUGAGAGUAUCAGCGAACUUACAAGUACGAUGAAAGUGAUCUAUGAGAGUAUCAGCGAAUUUACAAGUACGAGGAAAGUGAUCUAUGAGAGUAUCAGCGAACUUACAAGUACGAGGAAAGUGAUCUAUGAGAGUAUCAGCGAACUUACAAGUACGAGGAAAGUGAUCUAUGAGAGUAUCAGCGAACUUACAAGUACGAGGAAAGUGAUCUAUGAGAGUAUCAGCGAACUUACAAGUACGAUGAAAGUGAUCUAUGAGAGUAUCAGUGAACUUACAAGUACGAGGAAAGUGAUCCAUGAGAGUAUCAGUGAACUUACAAGUACGAUGCAAGUGACCUAUGAGAGUAUCAGCGAACUUACAAGUACGAGGAAAGUGAUCUAUGAGAGUAUCAGCGAGCUUACAAGUACGAGGAAAGUGAUCUAUGAGAGUAUCAGCGAGCUUACAAGUACGAGGAAAGUGAUCUAUGAGAGUAUCAGCGAACUUACAAGUACGAGGAAAUUGAUCUAUGAGAGUAUCAGCGAACUUACAAGUACGAUGAAAGUGGUCUAUGAGAGUAUCAGCGAGCUUACAAGUACGAUGAAAGUGAUCUAUGAGAGUAUCAGCGAGCUUACAAGUACGAGGAAAGUGAUCUAUGAGAGUAUCAGUGAACAUACAAGUACGAUGAAAGUGAUCUAUGAGAGUAUCAGCGAACUUACAAGUACGAUGGAAUUGAUCUAUGAGAGUAUCAGCGAGCUUACAAGUACGAUGAAAUUGAUCUAUGAGAGUAUCAGCGAGCUUACAAGUACGAGGAAAGUGAUCUAUGAGAGUAUCAGCGAACUUACAAGUACAAGGAAAUUGAUCUAUGAGAGUAUCAGCGAACUUACAAGUACGAUGAAAGUGGUCUAUGAGAGUAUCAGCGAACUUACAAGUACGAGGAAAGUGAUCUAUGAGAGUAUCAGCGAGCUUACAAGUACAAUGACAGUGAUCUAUGAGAGUAUCAGCGAGCUUACAAGUACGAUGAAAGUGAUCUAUGAGAGUAUCAGCGAACUUACAAGUACGAGGAAAUUGAUCUAUGAGAGUAUCAGCGAACUUACAAGUACGAUGAAAUUGAUCUAUGAGAGUAUCAGCGAGCUUACAAGUACGAUGAAAGUGAUCUAUGAGAGUAUCAGCGAGCUUACAAGUACGAGGAAAGUGAUCUAUGAGAGUAUCAGCGAACUAACAAGUACGAGGAAAGUGAUCUAUGAGAGUAUCAGCGAACUUACAAGUACGAGGAAAGUGAUCUAUGAGAGUAUCAGCGAGCUUACAAGUACGAGGAAAGUGAUCUAUGAGAGUAUCAGCGAACUUACAAGUACGAGGAAAGUGAUCUAUGAGAGUAUCAGCGAACUUACAAGUACGAUGAAAUUGAUCUAUGAGAGUAUCAGUGAACUUACAAGUACGAGGAAAGUGAUCUAUGAGAGUAUCAGUGAACUUACAAGUACUAGGAAAGUGAUCUAUGAGAGUAUCAGCGAACUUACAAGUACGAUGAAAUUGAUCUAUGAGAGUAUCAGCGAGCUUACAAGUACGAUGAAAGUGAUUUAUGAGAGUAUCAGCGAACUUACAAGGUCGAUGAAAGUGAUCUAUGAGAGUAUCAGUGAACUUACAAGUACGAGGAAAUUGAUCUAUGAGAGUAUCAGCGAACUUACAAGUACGAUGAAAGUGGUCUAUGAGAGUAUCAGCGAACUUACAAGAACAACGGAAGUGUUCUAUUAG